AUGAGCCAGACCCUUGAAGUCAGUAUCCCUACCCCAGUUAUUAUUAGAAUUGUCUUUAGAAAGAUUAACAAUCCCAAACCGAAGGUCAACGCUGAACAGAGAGCAAAUGAUUAUGUUGGCUUUCUGCAGGAAAAUAUUGAACUUCUAGAGAAGUCCUUGUGGGAGAAAGGCGUCAGAUACUAUGUCAACAGCUACGUACCACUAGGGUUAGGUUAUGCCGACCUUGCUGUUGCUGCCUCAGGUUUGGAAGCCGUGAAAGCAGCAUAUGUGACCAUGGAUAUGAAGGACGAAUUCACUGAGCGGGAUCCACUAUCUCAGCUCUUGGGGGUUGGCAAUGUUACUGUCGGUUUAACUACGGUCCGUAUCACGAAGCAUAGACGAUAG